CACCGUCGGUCGGAUUCAACUUGUGCAUUUCUCGAACUUUAACACUACAUAUAUCUACACCACAUAUAACGCAAACAGGCUCUUCUCGUCUUCGCUGUUCCAGUCCCACUUUCCACGCAUUGAGUUUAUCUCCCACAGGUUGUGACAGGAUGCUACAAAUCCCAAAUGAUCAGUAACCACCCCCCACUCCACCCACCCAUUUGGCAGUUUCCCUAAUCUAUUUUUUCCCAUGGCUUCACAGUGUCACCACCACUCCCUGCCCAUAAUGCACUAUGUAAUGAGCAGAUCUGGGCGGCAGCACGAGGAGCUGGACAGCAGUAACAGAGCACAUGUGGCCCAGCUGAGGAGGCUGGUCCUGCUGUUGCUAGUGUGGUCCUUCUUCAUGACUCUGGGCGUUGCUGUAUCCAUCUCUCUCCAGUUUGUCCUUCCUAGACCUCCCAACAAAGAGGUCACAGUACAAGGCAAGAGCAACCACCCUGAAAUAAUGAUGUAUGAUUUCUCUGAAUCCACACGCCCAAGUGAUGAUGGAAGUUUUGAACUGAAGUGGAAAAAUGUUACAGGCAAUGUUAAAGUGGAAGUGCAGGAGGAUGGCAAUUAUUUCCUCUACCUGCAGGUGGUCCUGCAGGACCCAAGCCCAAAUGUAACCUAUACAGUUAGGUUUUUAUAUGAAACUGUCGAAAGCACCAAACCAGAAAGAAUCUUAGAGAGACAUAUUAAUGGAUCACUGUCUACUGGAUUUAUGGGAAAGGGAUUCCCUUUACCUGGAGGAACUAGUUUGAAAGUUACCUGCAAGCCUGCAGUCAAUCUGAACAAGGCAAACACAUACAUGGGCAUAAUAAAAUUCAGCUGAAAUCUUCCUUGUCUACUGCCUGCAUGGAUGUAAUGUUGAGGGUGUACAGACUGAUUUUCGAUCUGGAAACCUGAGUUUACCUUUUACUGAAUUACAUCUGCACCUUUGUAGAAGAACACAUUUAUGAAUGUUUCCUAAAGGCCAGAUUCAUGGAAAAUGAUUUGAUAGUUCCUCAUUCUCUUAUCUCCCAUUACAGUAAUUAUGGAGAUGAGUUUUUAAGAUUUCUCCUUGAAAAACUAAAAAUAUUCCAUUCAUACCCAUUAACUCAAGCUUGUAUGUUUAAAUGCUAAAAAGUCUGGAAAGUCCAGCAUAUUUUGCAGCAACUCUAGUAUCGAUUUGGACUAACUUCAUAAAACUGUUGGCUGUAACGUCACAAUGUUUUAUGAAGGAGUCGUUUUCCCAUGAAUCUUCUUUUUAAGUUGUAUUUUUUCUCUAUUUUUUGUGGCUCUGUUUUCAAGUUUUUUUUCUCUCCAGGACAAAUGGCUAUAUUUCAUACUGCAGCUCAUUUUAUUACAGAUUCCACUCUGUAUAUGGGAAAAGGCUGGUCAUACCUCAAAACACAGAGCACUACCCACCAUUAGAAGUUGCCAACUUACAUCAAGUGACAAUAGAAAUUAUGGUUAUUUAACAGCUGAACAGUUCGAUAGUCUUGAAAUUCCUUUUGAAACCCAAAAAACACACAAAAUUAACAUACUAAAUGUUGAUAAAUCAGUUCAUAGUGUUACUGUAUGACCAGUUUGUGUACGUGUACAUGUAUAUAUUUUAUAUUUGUAGUACUUUUUUAUUGUAUGGGUAUCUUGUUUGUAAUAUUAUGUGUCCACUCUUAUAUUUUGGCCUCAGUUGGUCUAUGAAUAGAACAUUGUUACAUGAAAAGAAUGAAAGGCCAUGCUUCUAGGUAAGUUAUGGAGGAUACUAAUGAGUAUGAAACACCCAGUUUUAAACUGUAUAUAUUUGUCUUGUGUUCAUUUUUUUUCUAAUUUAUUUAUGAUGACACUUUCAGUGUUUGGCCUAGUUUAUUUCAAUAGAAGAGUUUAUAUGAAUGUAUUAUUGUUGAUAUGACUUGACAAAAGUUACUCAUUAAUCUCAUUACAUAUUAUAUAUGUACAGAAAUCAUAUAUCAUCACCACACGCUGGCCUCACAGCACUGACUCCCCUCAUUUUUACUCAAGGUUUAAUGAUUCUACCACAGAAGCAUGUUUAAGUAUUUUAGCUUAAAAAUUUGAACUAAAUUUUUUUUUUUUUUUUUUUUUUUUUUUUUUUUUUUUAAAUGUCGUUUCCAUAUACUUUGCAUAUCAGGCUCACAUCUGCCCUUUCUCACACGGCUGCUUACUCAGUGGACCAAUAAUGAAACUCGAAAAACCACUACAGUUUUGCUGAUGAAAUGUCUUUUUAUUUCUAAGAAAUGUAAACAUUAUUUUUUGACAUCACAUUUACUUUUACCAUGACUUGUAACAUUUUAUUUCCAGUUUAGAUCAUAUCUGUUUACUAUUUUACUCUCUCCUUGUGUUUAUGUUUGUAUUGUUCAAUGAAUGCAUUUUCAGCUCAAUUUUCCAUUCAGGUCAUUUUUCAUCUGUUAUUCUUUCUCUGCUCUCUACAUUUGUUUUUAUUUCAUUUGACCGAUUCAUUCAAAGUCUUGUUUAUGGCACCUUUAUGUUAUCUACAUUGCCUUUUUUUGUUUAAGGAGCAUCUUUAGGAUGAUUCUUACUCUGUGGGCCACUAAAUGAAUGACCAUGUCAGCAGUGACACAGUGAGCACAGCAAUUAAAUCACUUUAGCCGAAUGCCUCUAGGAAAGAAGCUCUACUGUAAAUGGUCUAUUAUUAAGUUAAACAUGUUUCAGGUAAUACUGACUCAGUGUUUUUUUUUUAUAUGUGCGUAUUGCUCUGUUUAAAUAUAAGCUGUUUCUAAGUGUUAAACGUUUGAAUGUAUUCACAAAGCCACACUGGGAACACUGUUUUAUCAGAAGGAUUUAUUCCUGUGUUAAAACAUGAACUGAAAUAAAAGCUUUUAACACUGACAGUAA